CCGGGGCGGUCCCGGGGCGGUCCCGGGGCGGUUCCGGGGCGGUCCCGGGGCGGUCCCGGGGCGGUGCCGGUGCCGCCAUGGCCGCGGUGCCGGUGCGGGGCCGGCGCGGAGCGCACGGGCCGGGCGGGGCCGGGGAGCCGGAAUGCAAGCGGCCGUGCAGGCUGCAGGACACGGUGCCACGGCAGGCGUGUGCCCAGCUCGGGGGCUGUGCCACGGACGGCGAUGCCAGGCAGAGAUCCCUCCCUGACCCUGCUCCCUGCGCUGCGAGGGCACGGCACAGCUCCAUGAUAUCGGAAAAUCAUGGGAGCAAAGGAACUUCCCAGCCCUGCCCGAGAUGUGUUGCUGGAGAAUCUGGCCACUUCAGUCACAUCCUGGGCUGCUAAAAACAGAGAGGGGCCCGAGGAGCAGCUUGGAAUUCCUGCUGGGAUCCCCUGGAUCCUGCCCUGCCCUGCCUGGCUCAGCACAGCCUGGGGCCACACAGGGCACUGUGAUCUGCAACUGUUCACCUCUGCAAAUGCUUCUGCUCCUCAGGUAGCUCAGGGUUUGUCUGAAAGGACAAGAAAAAGCUGAUUUCAUGUUUAGGUAGCUCAGAAUUUGUUUAAAAAGUAUAAGAAAAGGCUAAUUUCAUGUUUAGGUAGCUCAGAACUUGUUCAAAAAUACAAAGAAAGGCCGAUUUCAUGUUUAGGUAGCUCAGAAUUUGUCUAGAAAGGACAAGAUAAAGCUGAUUUCAUGUUUAGGUAGCUCAGAACUUGUUUAAAGAGGCUGAUUUCAUGAUUUAGAGUGGUGAAGUUGAGCUGGCCCUGGGCCCAGGUUUCUCCUGGGGCUGGGCCAGAGGUUCUGUUGAUUCCAAAGGUUUUCCCAGGAGCCCUGACUCCCCUGGAAAAUGCUCCUGUGGAAAAUGCUCCUGUGGAAAAUGCUCCUGUGGAAAAUGCUCCUGUGGAAAAU